AUGGCCUCGUGUCUGGAACAACGUUGGACUUCAAUUCUUCCUGCGUUAUAUGGUGCAGCGAUGACCAUGGCCUCUCUUCUUUGCGGAUAUCUUGUGGAUCGCACUGCAUCACGCCGGUGGCUUCUCAUAGCAGGACUCGCGGGAUUAGCGGUUGCCACGGCGCUCCUCUGCAUUGGAUCACACCUAUCUCUAUGGAUUCUGGGGCGUUUACUGCAGGGCGGAGCUGCUGCGGCGGUCUGGACAGUUGGGAUGACACUACUAGUGGAUCGAUAUCAAGGAGAUGCACUGGGCAAUGCGCUGGGUUAUUUCGCCAUGUCCACAGUAGUAGGAGCCACUGCUGGGCCGCUCUUGGGUGGAGUCCUUUAUGAACAUGCGGGCUAUUACGCCCCAUUCGGACUAGCAUUUGCGCUGAUAGCUUUGGACCUAGCCCUCCGGAUGAUGAUCAUUGAAACGGAGAAAGAUCAGGUAACAUUCGAACAUACGGACAUGGAGCUCUCACAAAUAUCUGCCGAUGAACGACAAUCAAACCAUCAAGACAGUCCUCCCGCUGCUACGGCCGCUUCGGGAGGAAGAAAAGGAGCCAGAGCUUCCGGUCGAGAAGACCACACAACAAGCGAUCUCGAAUUCAUGGACCCUUCUUCACGAAGCUCGCGUCAAACAACCAUUAAUAAGGCAGUCUUCGCUCUACUCCGGUCUCCACGGAUGGCUCUCGCGUUAACGGUCUAUUUCCUUCUUUCUACGACCCUAACGGCAUUCGAUAGUGCAUUACCACUCUUUGUCCGUGAUACCUUUGGUUGGAAGCAAUCUGCUCAAGGCCUUAUAUUUAUUCCCCUGAUGGUGCCACACGUUCUUGAUCCCGUCAUUGGGUAUAUAGUGGACCGCUGGCCUAAGACCCGCUGCUAUUUGAUUACGACGGGUCUAUUGGCGAUGGUACCGUUAAUGGUAAGCCUGCGAUUUAUUACCGAGAAUAGUAUUGGCCAUAAGGUUCUUCUCUGUACAUUAUUAGCACUUAUCGGCGGUUGUGUUGAACUUAUUGAGACACCAACUAUCGUUGAAGUGACUAAUCUUGCACUUGAGGCAUCGACAGCAUGGCCUGGGGCGUUAGGUAGGAAUACCUCGAUUGCAUUGGCCUGUGGGCUCUGUAACUGUGCCUUUGCUGCGGGUUCAAUGGCGGGCCCCUUCUUGGGAGGGUUCAUUCGGGAUCAUGCUGGUUGGGGGACCAUGUCGUGGGCACUGGCGGUGCCGACGGGAGUGUGGGGGAUACUUGUGUUGUUAUUUCUUUGCUGA